AAUAAAACGCAUUUGGGCCACCGUAGCUGCUUCUGCUCCCUGUUGGUUACGGCGGCGCUGUUGUGUUAGUGUGUUCAUCAUGGCGGUCAAUCUUACAGAGCUGUCUCUCCCUCAGUUAGAAGGCUUGAAGACACAGCUGGAUCAGGAGACCGAGUUCUUGACUUCCUCAAUUGGUCAGUUAAAGGUUGUGCAGACAAAGUACGUGGAAGCCAAGGACAGUAUAAGUGUCCUCAACAAGGACAAUGCAGGAAAAGAACUUCUUGUUCCCCUCACCAGUUCUAUGUAUGUUCCUGGGACACUGAAUGACGUUGAGCAUGUCUUGGUGGACGUUGGAACUGGAUAUUAUGUGGAAAAGAAUGUAGAGGAUACAAAGGAAUUCUUCAAGCGAAAAAUUGACUUCCUCACGAAGCAGAUUGAGAAGAUUCAGCCAGCCCUCCAGGAGAAGCAUGCCAUGAAGCAAGCUGUGAUUGAGGUCAUGAAUAUGAAGAUUCAGCAGCUACACACUCAGCAGACGCCACAAUCUGGGACCACCAAGGCUUAAGAGCAGUGGGGUUGGGGUUUGCAUGGAUUGUUUGAUGCUGGCCACACAAACAGGACCCAUGCUGUACUGCAAAUUUAGCUUUCAAUGGCUAACUUGGAUAUUGUUGUGAGUUUCCAGAUAAAAGACUUUACAACUGUCAAAAAGGGGUCAAAAUUAUGAUUGUACUGGUCAACCUCCCAGCCAUACAUAAUGAGAGAGGAGAGCAGACAUGAACUGGAGGAAAGGAGUCUCAUCACUUCACAAAAUAUCCAUGUUAUGUCAUGAAGCUUGAAUGUUUUCAGAACACAGGACCUUAUGCUAUAAUCUGAAAAGGCUUUUUAGUUUUGUUUGAGUGUUUAACGUUAAGGCUACAAUUUGAAAAAUUUUGUAUGUACAAUACUGCAUAAAACAAUUUCUAAAAGAAUUGGGCAGGACUGGGCUUGACAUCAUCCUGAACAUUAUUAGUUAAUUUGUUUUACCUGAAAUGUAACUAAAUUAUUGAGACAUCUGUAGUACCUGUUUUGAGUAUCAAAAGUCUGUUAAAGCUACAUGACACAUCUAAGUAAUUAAAUGUAUUACUUUAAUUCAUGUCCCAUGAAAAAAUAUUCUAUA